AUGGCCGCCGCCCAGCAAAACGCCUCGGCCGAUCACCUGGCAGUCAUCUGCCAUGGGCUAUGGGGCAACCCGUCUCAUUUGAACCACCUCCGCGACACUUUACGGGCCGCAUACUCGGACCAGAGCCUGCACAUCCUAGUACCAACGAGCAACAGCGAUAAUCAGACCUACGAUGGCGUGGAAGUGGGCGGAGAACGCAUCGCCAACGAGAUCGAGCAGAGGCUCUCGGAGCUUGAGCAGCAAGGGCACAAGAUCAAGAAGAUCAGCAUCACUGGAUACUCGCUAGGCGGUCUGGUAGCUCGCUAUGCCAUAGGGUUGAUGUACAGCUCCGGCUUGUUCGAUCGAAUACAGCCCAUCAACUUCACAACCUUCGCGACGCCACACAUCGGAGUUCGCACACCGCGAUUGGGGGCAAGAUCUUACUUCUUCAACUUCAUGGGCGCAAGAACGCUGAGCACAUCUGGGCAGCAGCUGUUCUUGAUCGAUAGUUUCCGAGAUACUGGAAGACCGCUCUUGUCGCUGAUGGCAGACCCAAACAGUGUGUUUACAGCGGGUCUGCGGCGCUUCAAGCACAAAUGGCUUUACGCCAACACGAUGAACGAUCGAAGCGUGCCCUACUAUACUGCAAUGUUCAGCCGAACAGACGCGUACGUGGAUCUCGACAAAGUCGAGGUCCAUUACGCCAAGGGUCAGCCAAAGCCUGGGAACGUGAUACUGGACCCGGAGAAUCCAGUUACUCCAAAGCAGCCGUCGGGAGAGCAGCUUUCGCUGGUCCAAAGGCUUAUGCCUCAUCAGCGAACAAUCAACAACAUACCAUUCUACAUGGUCAUAUUCUCCCUGUUGCCCCUGGCAUUGCCAGUCUUCCUGGCGAAUGCCGGCUACCAGACAUAUCAAUCAGCACAACGCAUUAGACAUCAUGAAUCCGGAAAGGCGUUCAGCCUCGAUCGUUACCGCGUCAAGCUACUUGAAGAAGCACAGGCUGUCCAGGAUAGGGUGUACGAGAGAGUCGUCGAACAGCAAGCAGAGGACUACCUGCCGACGCCACCUCCAGAAUCCCAAUCAGUAGACUCUGCCUCAAGUCACACCAAAGAAGAUCUGGAGUUGAGUAGACGAGAGACGACUCGCGAGAAAGGUCCCUCUCCGCUGUUAGUACUCACGGAAGGCCAGUUUGAUAUGAUUGAGAACCUGGACAACCUUGGGUUCACCAAGUACCCAGUUCAUAUCCAAAAAGUCCGUCACACGCAUGCGGCGAUAGUGGUUCGCAUCCAGAAAGAGAGCUUCGCGGAAGGGAGGGUUGUUGUACAGCACUGGAUCGACAAAUUCGAGAUAUGA